AAGAAACUUUCCUCUGGUUAAAGCCUGCCCCAGACAGAGUGGGAGGAGAUGGAGAUGAAAGCAGAUCCUAAAUGUGUCAAUGUAUGUAUCCCAGAGAGAUUUCUAUUCCUAUUUCUCUUCUACCCACACAAAGCCAAUGUCAAUACAGUGACUCUGCAAUGUGUCAGCAGCCUGGGCUGGUUUGAAUCUAUGAGAGAGAAAGAAAAAAAGGUUUCUUUUUGAGUCACCUGCCAGCAUCUAAAGGAGAGAACGGUGCUGUCUGUCUCUCUGCCUCUUCCCUCUCCUCUCCCUCAUCUCCUGCUCUCUGUCAUUCUCCCUCCCUCACUGCAUUUUUCCCAGACUAAGGCGUCCAUGGACCCUCUGGCUCCGCUGCUUUCGUCAGUGACUUGGAGCGCUCUGAGAACUUUGUGAACUCUCCGCGUUGGAGUGGGAAGGGAGAGGAAGGGGAGCAGUUGAUGGGACGCAGCCCGGCAGCAGCAGCAGGCUCCUUUGGAGACGGCAUCAGGACUCACAGCUGGAGCUAAUCCCCCGGGUCAUGACAAGACAGCGCCUAUGCCUCCUAACCCCCCUGGCUCUGCUGGGACUCCUCGUGGGGCUUGCAGACCUCAGCCAAGGCUCUGCCGGUGAGGAUGAGGAUUACUACAUGCAGGAGCUGCUGACAAGAGAGCAGUAUAACCAGGUCCAAGUGCUAGAGAAGCCGGUGGCCUCGAUACCUGACAGGCAUGUGCACCCCAGCCAAAAGCCUGCCAAGAAAGUGCCCAAGGGAAAAGCAGACAGCAGCACGCAGACGGAAAAAAACAGAGCUGAUGUAAAAUCAGUGAAAACAGCCAACAAAAAGGCUGAGAAGAACAAGAAAAGCGCCCUGAAAACCUCAAACAGCAUCUCAGAGGGAGAAGGACAAUACAACUCGAUAAAAGAGGAAUGCCCUCCCAUGGGACUGGAGACAUUGAAGAUUGAUGAUUUCCAGCUUCAUGCUUCAACUACGAAACGCUACGGCCUUGGUGCACACAGAGGUCGACUUAACAUUCAGGCUGGCCUUUAUGAAGAUGACCUCUAUGACGGGGCCUGGUGCGCUGGCAGAGAUGACCCGCUGCAGUGGUUUGAGGUGGACGCCAGGAGGCUGACUAAGUUCACAGGGGUCAUCACACAAGGCAGAAGCUCCCUUUGGUCGAGCGAUUGGGUGACCUCGUAUAAGGUGAUGGUGAGCAAUGACAGUCACACCUGGAUAACACUGAAGAACGGCUCCAAGGACUUGAUCUUCAUUGGCAACAGGGAAAAGGAGAUCCCAGUCCGGAACAUCUUUCCUGCGCCAGUGAUUGGCCGAUACAUCCGAGUCAACCCUCGCUCAUGGCUUCCCAGCGGCAGUAUCUGUAUGAGAGUGGAGAUCCUUGGCUGUCCUAUGCCAGAUCCAAAUAAUUACUACCACCGACGCAAUGAAGUCAUAACGACAGAUGACUUGGACUUCAGACACCACAGCUAUAAAGAAAUGAGGCAGCUUAUGAAGGUGGUCAAUGAAAUGUGCCCUAACAUCACCCGGAUCUAUAACAUAGGAAAGAGCCACAGCGGCCUCAAGCUGUAUGCCAUAGAGAUUUCUGACAACCCAGGAGAGCAUGAAAUUGGUGAACCAGAGUUUCGUUACACAGCAGGUUCCCAUGGUAACGAGGUGCUGGGACGAGAGCUGCUCCUCCUGCUGAUGCAGUUCAUGUGUCUGGAGUAUCUGUCCGGCAACCAGCGGAUACGUCACCUGGUGGAAGAGACCAGAAUCCAUCUAUUGCCAUCUGUCAACCCUGAUGGGUACGAGAAAGCCUUUGAAGUGGGUUCAGAGCUUAGCGGCUGGUCUUUGGGUCGAUGGAGCAAUGAUGGAAUAGAUAUUCACCAUAACUUCCCCGAUCUCAACUCCAUCCUGUGGGAUGCCGAGGCAAAGAAGUGGAUCCCUCGCAAAAUGUUCAACCACCAUGUACCCGUCCCAGAGUGGUUCCUGUCCAAAAAUGCUUCAGUUGCUGUGGAGACACGGGCUCUGACAGCAUGGAUGGAGAAGAUGCCCUUUGUGCUGGGCAGUAACAUCCAGGGAGGGGAGCUGGUGGUGACUUUCCCGUACGACAAAACUCGCUCCCAAGGGGUGGCCAGGGAGCAGACCCCGACCCCGGAUGACCACGUCUUCCGCUGGCUGGCCUUCUCCUACGCAUCCACCCACCGCCUGAUGACCACCGCCAACCGAAGGGUCUGCCACACAGAAGAUUUUGCCAAGGAGGACGGCACCAUCAACGGAGCAUCCUGGCACACCGCGGCUGGCAGUAUGAAUGAUUUCAGCUAUUUGCACACCAACUGCUUUGAGCUGUCGAUGUAUGUGGGUUGUGACAAAUUCCCACAUGAGAGCGAACUGCCUGAGGAGUGGGAGAACAAUCGCGAGUCACUUCUUGUCUUCAUGGAGCAGGUGCAUCGUGGGAUUAAAGGUGUGGUGAGGGACCUGCAAGGGCGCGGAAUAGCUAAUGCCAUCAUCUCUGUGGAGGGCAUCAACCAUGAUAUUCGCACAGCUUCUGAUGGCGAUUACUGGCGCUUGCUGAACCCUGGAGAGUACAGAGUAACAGCCAGGGCUGAGGGCUACAGCCUCACCAGUAAGAAGUGCGAGGUGGGCUACGAGAUGGGCGCCACCACCUGCAACUUCAUCAUCUCCCGCACCAAUCUGUCACGAAUCAAAGAAAUAAUGGAAAAAUUCAACAAGCAGCCCAUCAGAUUGCCCGUCAAGCAGCUCCAAGCUCAUAGGACCAGAGAGAGACGCAUGGGGACGUAAUGACUGAAUGAGGAAGCAUUAAAAACAAACAUCUGCUCUGAUCAGACUGGGGUCAACUCCAAGGACCUCUAUCAGAUUCCAGAGUGCUGUCAGUGGAAUUAGUGUUUGAAGAUUGAAAAUGUGGAUUAAUUUAAAUGGGAUGUUUGGUUUUGUUGUCAUCUCAACCUUUCUUUGUAUUCACUGUAUUUAAUUCUGUCAAAGGCUAAGUAACUAUGUUCAACAUCCCUUUUUCAAUUUAUUAUUUUAUUAUAUUAUUAUUAAGACCAUCAUUCCAUCAACUAUAAAUACUGACAGAAUAUAAUCACAUUAGAACUUAUUUUUUUAAAUAAAAGAAAAUUGAAAUAAAUGUUAUAGAUGAGGAAUCUGCCCUAGAUUAAUUUUAACCACUGUGAGGAAUGGCUAUGACUGUCAUUAUGUGCAUACUUAUUAACUUAUGUAACACUGUUAUGUAAACCAUUAUGAAAGCUUUAUUAUCUGCACUUGUACAAUUUCCGGUCCUUUAAAAAAACAUGUUGACUCACUGACUUUUGUGUGUCAUUGAUUUGUUUUUUUUAUACACUUUACUUGUGGCAAGUUAUUAAACUAUGUUUGAACAAAUUGAAA